CUGUUAAAAUCUACUCUGUUAUCGAAGUCAUGAAGCACGCUAAUCGUGACCCUCAUGGACGUGUCUGGUUAUUGUAAACGUUUGAGAGGAAACCUGCUUCUGUGGUGAUUCUAGGGAGGGUCAGCCCUUUUAAUUAUCAGCUGAUAAUGAGCCAGAAAACAAGUCAAUAAAAGCUGAUCACAGAUCAGAGUCGCUCCAGAAACCUCAGCUCUUCACCUGCAGCAGGCCAAACACGUUUAAUUUAGAGGGCCUUCUCUCUGGAAUAAACAGUCCAGCUAACCAACUACGAUCCUGUGAACGAGUGUUUGUGAGCACGCGGCUCUAUGACCGGAGGCUCACCUGUGCAGGAUGGCUCGACGUCUGUCAUCUUUGGAGUUUCUUCUCUGCAUCAUCACUUUCCUUCUUCUGAUCUGCUGUGUCUCCCUGAUUGUUGUUUCUUGGAUCAGCCUGAAGCCGACAGGUCAUCAUGAACCUGUGCAACUGUCGGCUCAGAUGGUGAUCGUAUCUGGAGCUGAGUUUUCAAAUGACCUGAAGAAUCCGAGCAGUCCGAUGUUUAAAUCGUUGGCUUUUGACAUCCAGCAGCUGGUGUCUGAGGCAUUUGAAGUCAGUCAGCUCAAGCAGCAUUACAAAUCCUGUCGGGUUCGAUACUUCAGUCCUGGCAGUGUGGUGGUGACCUUCGACCUCUGGUUCAAUGAGCUGACUGACAUUAAAGAAGUGGGCCAGCAACUGGAGGUGGGGCUUCAGCAGACCAUGGGAGGGGGAUUAGUGAUUAACACAACCACCAUUAAGAUUACAGCACUAAUUUGUUCUCCUGAUGAGAUGUCCUGUGCUGAUGGACUGAUGUGCGUUCUGAUGGAUCGGUUCUGUGACGGAGUGGACGAUUGUCAGGAUGGUUCAGAUGAAGCUCCUGGGCGCUGUGCAACAGCGUGUGACGGGCAGUUUGUGCUGAGAGGGCCGAAGGGAUCGUUCAGAUCCUCAGAGUCGGAGGAGUACGACAGCCGCAGCUUCUGUCGCUGGAUCAUCAGGGUGGAUGAAGGACUUUCAGUUCAGGUGGCCUUCCAUCAAUUUGAAACAGAACAAGGCGUCGACACUCUACGACUUUACGAAGGCGUUGGACCGCUCAAACGGCUCGCAGCUGAGCUGUCAGGCUCCACCUCUCCUGGGACUGUGUGGCUCAUGAAGGACCAGUCCACUGUCGAGUUUCUGUCUGAUGAUUUCAACAAUCUGUCAGGGUUCAAAGCCACCUACGGCUCUGCCAACACCUCUAUGAUGUCCAACCAGGAGAAGCUCAGCUGUAGCUUUGAGCAUGGCUUGUGUUUCUGGAAGCAGCAGCAGGACCAUGAUGGAGACUGGGUCCGGAUCAGCGGCUCCACCUUUCCUCCGCUGACGGGCCCUAGCUUUGACCACACUCUGGGGAACAGCUCAGCAGGUUUCUACAUCGUCACUCCUCUCAGUCCCGGCCAAUGGCAGAAGGCUUUUAGGAUCCACAGCCUUCCUCUGACUCCGCCCACAAAGCCCAUGUGCCUGACCUUCUGGUACCACAUGUUUGGUGAGGAUGUCCACCGUCUAAGGGUGCUGCUGCAUUCGUCUCCGUCACAGCUGGACUGGGUUACUGUAAUAUUCCAGAGAGAUGGUAACUAUGGUGACACCUGGAACUACGGCCAGGUGACCCUCAACUUCACAUCAGAGGCCACUGUAAUAUUUGAAGCUCAGAAAAGAGGAGGGACAAGGAAUGACAUUGCUCUGGAUGACAUCACGCUGACAUUUGAGCCCUGUGGCCCCGCCCCCCCUGACCCAACAAAUGUCCCACCUCCGACUACCACACCACCCAUACCAGCUGACUGUGGGGGACCUUUUGACCUCUGGGAGGGAAAUUCCACCUUCAUGUCUCCAAACUACCCACAGUCGUAUGGAAACCUGGCUGAAUGUCUGUGGACUCUGCACGCUGCAGAGGGACAAAACAUCCAGCUGCAUUUCCUAGACUUUGAUGUGGAAGCGAACUUUGACGUGGUUGAGGUGCGCGAUGGGGCCGGGGCUGACUCCACGUUGCUGGCUGUUCUCACUGGCAGCAAAGGCCCCGCCCAGGAUUUGUUCUCAACAGCCAAUGAGAUGACAGUUUGGUUUUUUACUGACUCUGAAGGCUACGGUCGUGGGUUCAGAGCCAACUUCACCUGUGGGGUCGACCUGGGGUCUCCGGCCCCCUGUGCAGCUCAUCAGUUUCAGUGUCAGACAGGAAGUUGUAUCCAAGGAACCGGUUUCUGCGAUGGUGUUGCCGACUGUCCUGACGGGUCUGACGAGGCCGACUGCGUUCUGUUGCAGGUUAAUGGUUCUGGUCACCUCCACUUUCACGUGAUCUCUUCUCUACUCACUGUGUGCGCUGACACCUGGAGCUUUCACCUGUCCCACUUCAUCUGUCAGUACCUGGGAUACAGGUCUGGAGAGGCGUCGCUGCUGCCAGCUCAGCCUCAAGAUGCACCAUUUGCUGUCGUCUCAGUGACUGGUAAUGGAACACUGGAAACCAGCAUCAGUGCUACCUGCAGAAGCGAAGAAGUGAUUUCACUAAGCUGUGGAAACAAACCAUGUGGAGUACGUCUGGUCACUGAUGUCAUGAAAGAUUUGGACAAAUCAGAGGGCACCGGAGCCACAGAUGGUAAAGUGGUAGGCGGAGUCAACUCUGAGAAAGGGGCGUGGCCUUGGAUGGCAUCUCUCCAUUGGAGGGGGCGCCAUGUUUGUGGAGCCUCAUUGAUCGACAACGAUUGGCUGUUGACAGCUGCACACUGUGUCUAUGGGAAGAACAUUGACCUUUUAUCCUGGUCAGCUGUGCUUGGACUUCAUGCUCAAAGUGACAGAAACUCUGCAGAUGUUCAGACCCGACAAGUUGAUCGCAUAAUCAUCAACAAGCACUACAACAGAAGAACCAAGCAGGCUGAUAUUGCCAUGAUGCACCUGCAGCAGCCAGUCAACUUCACCCAAUGGGUACAGUCAGUGUGUUUACCAGCGGAUGAUCAGAAUAUCACAACAGGAAGGAAAUGUUCAAUCGCAGGCUGGGGGCGAGAGACUGAAGGAGGUUCACUUCCUGACAUUCUCCAGGAGGCCCAGGUUCCACUGGUGGCUCAGGAGCUAUGUCAGGAACUGUUACCGGAGUACACAAUCACCUCCAGCAUGCUGUGUGCCGGAUACCUUGAAGGGGGUGUGGACUCAUGUCAGGGCGACUCUGGUGGUCCACUGAUGUGUCUUGAGGAUGGACGCUGGACUGUAAUUGGUGUUACCUCCUUCGGGGUCGGCUGUGGGCGUCCUCAGAGACCUGGAGGCUACGCUCGAGUCUCUGCUUUUCUCUCCUGGAUUGCCCAAACCAGACGCUCCUCCUCAUCUUCAUCGCUUCAAAAUGAGUGAAUCCAUGAAUAAAAUGUGACAAAAUAAGUUGUGAAUACGUAUAAAAAGCUUUAAAUGAU